AUGUCAUCGACUACUCCCGAUACUGUAGGUGAUAUCCAAUUCUAUCGCAAAGAGGAAUUGGGUAGCGGUGGCUUCGGUUCAGUUUAUCGUGGUACAUAUAAAGGUCGAAGUGUAGCAGUCAAAAAAAUUUGGAUUAGACAUGGAAGAUUGCAGGAAGUUGAACGUGAGUUAAAUAAUCUGCGGCAGUUAGACAACCAUCCCAAUGUAGUAAAACUUUUCUACUUCACAAGGGAUAAAGACUUCAAUUACUUUGCUUUGGAAUUGUGCGACGCGUCCUUGGAUAAGGUGUUUCUAAAUGAGAACGAUCCUCGGAAAUAUAAAGGACCUGCAUUACCAAAUAAUUUCGAGAUUUUCUCCCAAUUAGCCACUGGUCUCCAAUACAUUCAUUCGAAGCAACUAAUCCAUCGGGACAUUAAACCGGAAAACAUUCUCAUUUCAGUGAAACAUACUGACAAAGGUAAAAACAUAAAGAUCAAGUGGGCUGACUUUGGAUUGUCACGAGAAGUGAGUGAAAGGGGAACAUUCAUAAUGAGUGCAGUCAGAGGGACUCUACUUUGGUUCUCUCCCGAAGAGUUGGAAAAUAUAGGCAGAGACCUACGCAAUGAGAAAACUAAAGGCUUCUACACAAGCGACGUUUACGCAUUAGGCCUCGUCUUUGGUUAUAUUCUCCUAAAAGGAAGACAUAUCUACGGUGAAAAUCAAUGUGCUAUUGCUGCGAACAUAAAGCAGAACAAUCCAGUCAAUAUGAGUGAAAUUCACAAUAAGCAUUUCGCCCGUAACUUAAUUGAACAAAUGCUGAUCAAGAAACCUGAUGAAAGAAUUACAUCCGAAAAAGUUGUUAUUCAACUUCAAACCAUAAAAAUCAAAGUAAUCACACAAGUUUAG